AUGACAUCAAGUGUUUACCCUGUGAUCCUGGCAGCUCCUAGUAAACAUUUCCUUAACCUAAACACCAAGGAACCCCCCAUCCAGAUUUCCUACCUAAAGCCAGAGCUCCUGUUUCCUAACGCAGUGCAUUUUAAAGAUGUAGGUGGAGUGCCAUUUGAGAAUCUGAUGAAAGGACCUAGUGCGUCAGAACCCGCAUCCACCCCAGGGCCUCACCUCCGUGUUGCCCGGCAACACGGCCGCGCUGGACGUGCGUGCGUGAAUGUGCGUAAGAGAUCCUUGUUCUACCCUUCCCUCCGGGUGGUGGCGGAAACCGCUGUCUUUGCUGGGGUCUCUCUUUACGGCUUGCGGGCACGCGAGUCACGAGUCCUUCGGCAAAGGGUCAAUCGCACCGUUGCUGGAAAGCCGAGGGUGAACGUCAUGCAGGUCGGAGUCCCAGGCCACAGGCCAGCAGGGUCCCCGACUGAGCCCGAGGCUGAGUGGCAAUGGGGAGGGCAGCCCACAGGGAUUGGGUUUUCACAUUUAUUUUUGGAUCCAAAUGAAGAUACAGAAUGGAAUGAAAUUUUAAGAGAUUUUGGCAUUCUCCCUCCAAAAGAAGAGCCAAAAGAUGAAAUUGAAGAGAUGGUUUUACGUUUACAGGAAGAAGCAAUGGUUAAACCAUAUGAAAAGAUGACUCUUGCACAGUUGAAGGAAGCUGAAGAUGAAUUUGAUGAUGAAGAUAUGAGAGCUAUUGAAACAUAUAGAGAAAAGCGGUUACAGGAAUGGAGAGCUCUUAAGAAAAAACAAAAAUAUGGGGAGUUAAGAGAAAUUUCUGGAAAUCAGUAUGUGAAUGAAGUCACUAAUGCAGACAAAGAUGUAUGGGUUAUAAUUCACCUUUACAGAUCCAGCAUACCAAUGUGUUUGCUGGUUAAUCAGCAUCUUAGUCUUCUAGCAAGAAAAUUUCCAGAAACUAAAUUCGUUAAAGCCAUCGUGAAUAGCUGUAUUCAACACUACCAUGACACUUGUUUACCAACAAUUUUUGUUUAUAAAAAUGGUCAGAUAGAAGGCAAAUUCAUUGGAAUUAUAGAAUGUGGAGGUAUAAAUCUCAAGCUAGAAGAACUUGAAUGGAAGCUAGCAGCAGUUGGAGCAAUACAGACUGAUUUGGAAGAAAACCCUAAAAAAGACAUUGUAGAUGUGAUGAUAUCUUCAAUUAGAAACACUUCUAUUUAUGAUGACACUAAUAGUUCAAACAGUGAUGAUGAUCCAAAUAGAGGGAAAUAG